UCAUCAGUUAGCCUAGUAUAUAUUCAAAAGUGCUAGCUUGUAAAGAUUUACCUGCAGCUUAAACUGCUAAUAUGGCUAAGGAUUAUUCAUUUAUUUAUUGCACGCACAGAUGCUGCGGGAAGUAAAUAAAAAAGUUAAUAAUAGCAGUUAAAAACGGAUAUAUAGAUCACGUGACAAAAAUAUUUUUAUUAGUUUUAACACCACUAUAGAGAAACAAGCUUUUCAAUGUAUAUGUGUACAUUGUAUAUGUAAUAUAGCCGGCAGAUGUUCAGUUCGGAAUAUAUUUAAUUCAUUUAUAUCAAUUGAUCCAUCGAAAUUGUCUCUUUUCACGGGAUGAAUAAAACUGAUGUACGAUUUAUAAACACAUACAUACCUUAUGAAAGUAUGAAUGUAUGGAGUAAAGAUUAAGGUGUGCAAUAUAUUUAAUAUAUUAAAAUUAUAGUAUAAAAUGAAUAGCUGCGAGCAUUUUGGAUAUAAAUAAAAUACUUCCAAGAAAUGUGACAUUCUUAAAGUACAAUAGACAUGGAGAAUGGGAAAACACCAAUGGAAUAUGAGCUCCAUGAGAGGGCAAAAGAUGGACCCGAAAUCAAAAAUGGAAGCAAUGAAAAAGCAAUUCUACUGGACAAAGCACACAAAGUAUCAGCCAAUACAGCGGUAAAGUUACGUAUAGCCGCCAUAGCAAUAUCAUGGGUCUCAUCCAUCGUCUCCGGCAUACUUGGUGUCGUCGCCAUAGUGUUUGCCGCCCUGUAUGGCAGCCAGUCGUUGUUUAGUUUUGGAUUGGACUCAAUCCUUGACAGUAUCUCAUCAGUUGUUAUUUUAUGGCGAUUUCAUGGUCGUGAUACAAUUUAUUCCAACACAAGGGAAAUAAGGGCAUGCAUAAUGAUAGGGGCGCUGUUUGUGCUGUCUGGUCUAUUGCUUUCAAUAAGAUGUGUUUAUGCCUUAGUUUGUGUUGAAAUGCCAAGAAAGCCCGCCAUUAUCUUAACAAUGGCUUCCAUUAAUGCAUUUUGUUGCCUCGUUCUUGGGAGUGGUAAAAUUUAUCUCGGACUUCAGUUGGAGAGCCGAGCUCUUAUUAUAGAUAGCAUAAUAACUUUUACUGGUGCUGUGAUGUCAAUAUUUACUCUUAUAUUUUCUGCUGUUUACGAAUACAACAAACAGUUUUGGUACCUCGACGAUUCAUUUGGUCUUUUAUGUGCUCUUUUCCUAUUUGGUUACGGUAUCAGAGUUAUUGUCAUAUCCAGGUCAGAGCUAAAGAAGCAUGAAGAAAAAGAAAAUGAUUAGAUUUUCCACAUGUUUCUUAAUCUUCAAUAUUAAAUAUUUAUCAUUAGUUAAAAUAAUACAAAAAAAUAUUCAACAGUGCCUUUUUAUUCAUAUUUGACAAUCGUGUUUUUGAAACCUUUCCUUUAAUUUCUCGUUUCAUUGAGGUGACUUUUGUUGAAGCACCAAAUAUGUUCAUCAACUUUGUUUGUUAUUUUUGGAGAAGGAUUUUAAUUGUUUUUACUAAUUUUUAUGAAAGGUUAUAAAUGUUAAAAUUAAAAUUGUUGCAUAUGUUA